AUGGAAAUUGAAUACAGAAUUUUAAAUCUUUAUAAAACAAAGCAAUACCACAGAUGUAUUAAACUUUCUGAAAAUGUGACCAAAAACGUUAAUAAUAAGUUUGUGGAAUUUAUUCGAAUGCGAGCUAUGACAGUGCAGGCGAAAAUAGCAGGAAAUGGAUACGAGGAGGUUGAAUUUUAUGCACAUAACGAUGAUUUAAUAAAUACUGGUAUAGCGAAAACUUCGAGACCAGGAACAUCAUUUCAAAGAGAAAUAAAAACUGCUAAUAACCAAGAGCGAAGAUUAGCAACAACUACACUUGGGUCUAGGACAGGAACGGCUGGUCGAUGUCGAACUGCCCAUUCCGCUCUACUUACAGCUUCUCGUCUCUCUAGAGCUGCAACUGCUGCAGCGGCAGGUUCAACCUAUUCCGACGCCCCUGUAAUCCUCAGAUUUAUUUCUGAAGAUGACAAAUAUUUCUUGCCUGCAGCGAAAACUUUGUUUGAAUAUAUAUUUUAUUGUGAAAGUAAUGUUCGCAAGGCAAUAGAAGUAAUAUUUCAAGUCAAAAAACUCGACGAAAAACACGAUUGGUGGUGGAGUUACUCAUUAGCACGAUGUUAUUAUGCUCUUGGAAUGCAUAGAAAUACUGAAGACUGUUUAAGACGAUCAUUAAAGCAACAUAAACACAUUUCGGUUUAUUUACGUUUGGUAGCUAUGUACGUUAAUCUUAACCAGCCUCUUUCAGCACUAGAUGUUUGUAAACAAGGUUUGUCAGUUUUCCACGAAUAUACUCCACUGUUACUGGAGGAAGCAAGAAUUCAUGAGAUGAUGGGUAACUCAGCCGUAGCAGUUAAAUACUAUAGAAUGGUUGCACUGCAAAAUCCAUCGAACAUGGAAGCCGUAGCUAAUAUAGCCAUGUAUAAUUUCUAUAAUGAUCAACCAGAAAUUGCGCUAAGAUAUUAUAGGCGAAUCUUGGCUACUCAUUUGCCCGGACCAGAAAUUUACAACAAUUUGGGAUUGUGUUGUUUGUACUGCAAUCAAUGGGACCUCAUUAUUCCAUGUUUUAGACAAGCCCUCUAUUUUUCAACAAGUUUGGAAGCGCGAUCUAACAUUUGGUUCAAUCUUGCGCAUGUUUCUUUUGCUUCUGGUGAUUUAAUUCUAGCUCGUCGCUGUUUACAAAACAGUUUAGCGAUCACUGAGCAUCCCCUCGCGCAGAAAGCUCUCCUAUCGCUGAAUUCUAGAGUGAAACCACAAAACAAGGAGGUUCUUUAA